AUGGCUGUUGUCAAUACCAUACCACUUGCUGCUGUAGUCAUAAUUGCAUCUGUAGUUGCUGUAGGAGCCAGCAGCUUAGAGUUUGACGUGGCCUCGCAGGGGUUCCAGGAAUUUUACAGCGGGAUGAAGAAGGCCCUCAUCGCUGCCGGAGCCACUCAUCUACAGCAGAGCCACCUCGGCGCCGGCGGCCAGCAUGUCCUUGUUCUUACUCAGCUGAAGACCCACGGAGCAUACGACGUGCUCCUAGGAGCCAACGGCUUGGAGUUUGAUGCGGCCUCGCAGGGGUUCCAGGAACUCUGCAGCGGGAUGGAGAAGGUCAUCGCUGCCAUCGCCAACCAUCUACAGCCGAGCUACCUCGGCGCUGGCGGCCAGCACGUCCUUGUUCUUCCUCGGCUGAUGAAGACGCAAGAAGCAAACGAAGUGCUCCUCGAGCAGCUGGAUAAUUUGCUGAAGACGAUCCACGACACGACAACGAGCUGCUGUCGCCAGUCCCUUCCAAGCACCUGA